CGAUAUUUGGGUCUCAGGGAGGGGGUUGGCUGCAGACGGCAGGAAUUCUUUGCUUUCCCCAUGGGGAUGCAGCCAACUGAGGGUUUUCUCCUGCCUGUUAUUACAAAGUGGGUUUGGGUUUGGGUUGGGGAUGGUGAUGACCUACGGGGCCAUGCACUGGGACUCUGUAGGUCAUCACCACUCUCAUUUUCUUAGUUUCUUUUGCCUGACCCCAGAGUCGUUCCUCCCCCCUCUCCCCCCAUGCCCCAGCACAAUCAUGUCCCUCUGUCCGGCAGCAGCAGGGACAGAUCCAUUUCCUUCUCUUUGUUUCCUUCCUCUUUACACCCUCUAAACCCCAAUCUGCUGAGAGUGGCUCUGCAGGUGCCACAUGAAUCUCCCAGUGGUGUCCCCAACCAUAUGCUGGCUUUGUCCCCGAGCAGCCAAGGUAAUGCACAGAGCACCCCAGGUGACACCCUCAGAUGGGGUGCAAAUCCUCCUGGUUUGCAGCAGGAAUAGCUCCCACCAUGGGGCUGUUGUGUUUCUAGCCAUGCCAUGCAGCUGGCUCGCUGGCACCGUGCUGUGCAGCUGGCUCCCUGCGACGUGCAGGGAAUUGGGAUACAUCCCCAGGAGAGAUGCUCAGCACAUAGUGCUCAUUGCAGCACUCAACCCUUGUCCUACAUCCAACGACGGGUGCUGCGUGGCGUGGGGCUGGUGAUUUUUCCUUUUGCUUAGCCUAGUGAUGAGCAUCGUGUUUUGAAGUCCAACACCAUUUCUGGGCAGAGCAGAGUGUGCAAGCUGUGACCCCACAUUGCCAUGUCCCUGCACUGCUUCCAUAGACUGUCCCGUCCCAACCAGACGUGUGCAGCGCUGCCUAGAAAAACACACUGACUCAUGCUGUUAUUCUGUCCCACCCUGGGCACAGCCGGCUUUUUAAGGCUGCCUUUUCCAGUUAUUCCUUUUUUAUCUGCCUGUUCGCAACGCAGCCUCUCUCAAAGUCCCGGCACGCAAGCACUGUGGAUGCAGGGCAUUGCCAUCUGGAAAGGCUGACUCUGGGCACUGAUCUGUGCACCAACCAUGGCGCUUUCCAAUUUAUCUGAUUACUCUGAUGACUCUGAUAACUAUGACUACUUGGAUUACACCUAUGAAGAGCCAGGCAGCGUGUGGACAGGCCCAUCCUAUGACCCAAAGGACGUUGCGAGGAUCCUCUCCGUCAUCAUCUACAGUGUGUCCUGCGUGCUGGGCAUCCUGGGGAAUGGCCUUGUCAUAGCCAUCAUCACUCUGAAAAUGAAGAAGUCGGUCAAUGCCAUUUGGUUUCUCAACCUGGCCGUCGCUGACUUCCUCUUCAACAUCUUCCUACCCAUAAACAUUGCGUACACAGCCAUGCGCUACAAUUGGAUCUUUGGGACCGUCAUGUGCAAGCUGAACUCCUUCCUCCUCAUCCUCAACAUGUACACCAGUGUUUUUCUGCUCACCACCAUCAGCUUUGAUCGCUACGUGUCGGUGGUUUUUCCCGUCUGGUCUCAAAACCAUCGGUCGACCAACCUGGCAUGCAUGGUUUGCCUGAUCAUCUGGAUGGUUGGUAUCAUCAUGAGCUGCCCUUCUCUUGUCUUCCGAGAUACAGCACAGGCUCGCAACACUAUCAUUUGUUUCAGCAACUUCUCCCUGUCCAGAAAUAGGUCUUACCAAGCACUGGCGCUAGUGAGACACCAAACAGUGAACAUCACCAGGCUCUUUGCUGGGUUCCUCCUGCCCCUCACCAUCAUCACCUUCUGCUACAUUUCCAUUGCCGUCAACCUGCGUCGAAACCGCCUCGCCAAGUCCAAGAAGCCCUUCAAGAUCAUUGUCACCAUCAUUGUCACCUUCUUCCUGUGUUGGAGCCCCUACCACCUGUUGAACAUCCUGGAAACAGAGCCUGACCUGGUCCCGCGCUCUGUAUUUGAGAUUGGCAUCCCCAUCACCACGGCACUCGCUGCCUCCAACAGCUGCAUGAACCCCGUCCUUUAUGUCUUCAUGGGCCAGGACUUCAAGAAGUUCAAGGUGACCAUCCUUUCCAGGCUGGUGAAUGCACUCAGUGAGGAGACGGGCCACUCCAGCAUCGUGCACAGGAGCUUCUCCAAGAUGUCUUCAAUGACUGAAAAGGAGACAACCGUCCUCUAAGUCUGGAUGCUCGUGGGAUGGCCACAGUCCUCUGGGGCCACCCAUGUUCAGCACCGUGAUGGUGGAAUGGGCAUGGUCUCACACAAACAGUGCAUACUCUGACUGAUCACACUACCCUAGGCAUAGAGACCUCUGUGUGUGCAGCCUGUGCUCCUUGGUCCAGGGCACUCCUUUAUUUUCCAGAGACAUCUGCAGCUUGGAGGAGAUGUGAGCAUCAGUCUCUGCUGCCUGGAGGUGCCCAAGGAUGGACAACCUUUCCCAGCUGGAGGUGGUGAGAACUGGGUUAUGGUGUGCACUGUGAGGACAGCAUGUGCUGGAUGGUCUUGUGAUAAAGAAAACAAAAAAGCAAUAAGGGAAAACAGGUGAAUUUCUUAUUAGGGGAUGUGUCUGAGGGGGCACCUUGGCUUCCUGGGUGGGUGGAUGCCACCCACCAUGGCAAUACAGUGACACUGUACCCUAUGUAUGCAUAUAGCCACUUACUUUAAAUCCUGACAUGUAUUGGUACUAGAGCAAUGUUUCUAACUGUGAUGUGAGCACUGUGUACCCAGCUGAGAAUGCAGCAAUAAACAUAAUGCUCACCCAAGGGCUCAGCCCCAUUGCAGAGCUUCUUUCUGUGCCCCUGUUCUGCCCAGCAAAGCAGUGCCACAGGGAUGUGGGAUGGUUCAUGGGCUCAACCAAGUGGAAAGCUGGCAGCAAAAAGAGAGAGAUGCGUCCUGGAGGAUCUUUGCAGAGUGCUCUGGUAAUGGCCGGUCGAACCAGUGUCUCUAUCCAAUUUCAUGCACAGUUAAUUUGGGAGGUAAUUCACGAGUUGGGCUUCGUGGCAGUGACAAGGAGGUGGACACUGGUGUUGCCCUUAUUUAUGGGCUGAUUUCUUCGUGUCACCCACAGUGCCUGCAGUUUCCAGGAGGAGGAGGAAGGGCCGUGUCCUCAUGGUUGGGGUGACACGUUGGGUGUCCCUGGGGAUCCCAGCACUUAUUCUGCUCACAGGUACGCACAAAAAUUGGGGUAUAUAAAAACAAAAAUCAAAAAAGAGCAAGCACUGGGUGCAGGAUGGGGGAAGUCAGCCAUAUCCCCAUUCCUGCCCCCAGCAGGAACAAGAAUGUUCCCACUGUGUUUUGGUGGCUGGGUUUUGCAAGCCCAUCUGUUAUCCCUGCAAACAGCUUUCCCAAACCUUGGUGACUUGGUACAUAACCUUGGGUUAAAUUAUCAUUACAGACAGCUUUGGAAACCUAAUAUUUGCAUUCAUCUUCAUCGGUGUUUGCCUAUUUAAUGCAAAACCGGUUUUACAUACAAAUACCCCUCUAUGUGUUGAAGCAGGGAAUGAACACAAGCUUUUCAGCUUCUUCCCAGAGUACAUUAAUGAUUCUCAGUGCUGAGCGGAGGGGAGACAGGGAAGCAG